UAGAGUGGUUGUGGAGUAGUUGCACUUCCUCUAACCUUUUUAGCAUCCAAGAUUUGAUAAACUCAAAUAUUGCUUAAUUAAUACUUAUAUAUAUACUCCACCAUUAAUUUCUAACCAUCUCACUAACCAUUUCCAUCCAUAACCAUGAAAGAAUCAGCAAAACCUUACAAACCCUAUUGCUGUUCAGCCGAGAACAAGGUGUUUUGCAACUUUAGCCGGUGCAGGCCCUCGAGAUCAGAGUUUUCCAAGAACGUCGCGCCAUGUCCAUCGUUCAGGCGCGUGUCUUUCUCAGACCUUAGCAGGUCGUCGUCCAUGCGCAUUAGCGAGGACAUAGCGCAAACGUUUGGACCUGAAUUGAUUGACUUUAAGUUGAGUGAGUUGCGAGCCAUAACUCAGGGUUUUUCGAGCAAUUUGUUAUUAGGUGAAGGUGGUUUCGGUAAGGUGCAUAAGGGUUAUGUGGAUGAGAGCAUGAGGCCUGGUCUAAAGGCUCAACCCGUUGCUGUUAAGCUUCUUGAUAUCGAAGGAUUGCAAGGUCAUCGCGAGUGGCUUGCGGAGGUUAUAUUUCUUGGUCAACUCAAGCACCCAAAUUUGGUCAAAUUGAUCGGCUAUUGUUGUGAAGAAGAAGAGAGGCUACUUGUUUAUGAAUUCAUGGCUCGUGGAAGCUUGGAAAAUCAUUUGUUCAAAAGAAUCUCGGUUUGUUUGCCAUGGGGGAUAAGAAUAAAAAUCGCGAUUGGAGCGGCCAAAGGUCUAGCAUUCUUGCAUGGGGCUGAAAGCCCGGUUAUAUAUCGCGACUUCAAAACAUCAAACAUCUUACUUGAUUCUGAGUUUAAUGCCAAGUUAUCUGAUUUUGGGUUGGCAAAAAUGGGUCCAGAAGGAUCAAACACUCAUGUCACUACUAGAGUCAUGGGCACAUAUGGAUAUGCUGCACCAGAAUAUGUCAACACCGGACACUUGACGACGAAGAGUGACAUCUAUAGCUUUGGAGUAGUGUUGCUAGAACUAUUAACCGGAAGAAGAGCAAUGGAUAAGAAAAGGCCGAAAAGCGAGCAAAAUCUUGUGGACUGGGCCAAGCCAUACCUAACCAGCAGCAGAAGAGUUCGCACGGUAAUUGACCCAAGGUUGGCAGGUCAAUAUUCGGUUAGAGGGGCCAAAGAGAUGGCCCAGUUGGCAUUAUAUUGUGUGAGCCAGAACCCUAAAGACAGGCCAAAGAUGCCUGCAAUAAUUGAAACCCUUCAAGGCCUUAAGAACUAUAAAGACAUGGCCAUCGCGUGUGGUCAGUGGGCUCCGGCUUCACGAAAGACCGCAAGGAAUGAGGUUUAUACACCAAAAGAGAUGAAAGACAUCAACGGAGGUCGGAUUUACUGGAAACAGGCUCCUGUGAAGACCGUAAGUACGAAAAAGUAAUUAACAGAAACGAAGAUUGUGUAGGAGAAGAAAACAAGCUCCUACUUUCUUGGAUAUAUGUAGAUAAUAACGGGCAUAUGUAUAUAAAUUUUGAUAAAUGUGUGCUCAUGUACAUGUGGUUUGUGUGUGACAAACAAGGAACUACUUUAAAGUUUUUUUUUUCUUUUUUUUUUUUUUAAUAAAGUUGUAAGAACGCUUAAAGCUACAUAUAUUUAUAACCUCCAAAUAAACAUAUAAAUUACUACAA